UACAGAGACACCGCUCUACCACCAAGUGAGGAAACACUGGAAGACUAAAGAUUCCGGACAAGGCUUCUCUGAGACCUGCGUAAGGAUGUAAGGACAACUAAGAGCAGAGAAGGGUAUAUUAUAUUAUACAGGUUUAAAUAUUUAAUGAACUGAAGAAGGAAGAAGACCUUGUCUGGCUGUAAAGGUUCCUCUUGGAUCAUUUUUGGGGCGAGUUUGACCCGCGGGCCAUCCCUAUGGUGGCCAGCGAGCGGCUGGCCAUGGGCAAUGGUUCGAUAAAAGCCCCUCAGGCUGAGGACAACAGCUGCCCGGCCUCCAUCCACACACAGCCCCCCGGCCUGGACCCCAACACCCUCAGGUUGCGAAUUAUCCACCUGGAGACGGAGCUGGCACGUCGGGACCAGGAGCUCCACGCACAGCAGCUUCAGCUGCAGCAUCUCCAGAAGGAGCUGGAGGCCAAGGUCUCCCAGAUAGAGAAGCUCCAGGAUGCAAUUUGCUACAACAAAAGUCUGGCCAGCCCUCCACCGCCCCUGUGCCACCACAGCUGCGGCCGGCGCUUCAGCGCCAUCAACCAAGGCCCCAGUCGAUUCCACAGGGUGGCUGUGGAAGUCCACCGCCGGCUCAAAGCCAAGGACGGCGUCUCUGCAGAACCCACUUCUGAGAACUUCUGUGGAGGAUUCAGACCAACACACAUCUCCCCUGCCAAGAUGAGCCGCAAAAACUCACAGACCAGGAGCCUCAUCAAUGACGCCAUCAUGAGCAACGACUUUCUGAAGAGACUGGAGCCACAGCACAUGAGGGAGAUGAUGGACUGCAUGUAUGAGAAGGUUUACACGGAGGGACAGCUGGUCAUCCAGGAGGGGGAAGCGGGGAACUUCCUCUACGUCCUGGCAGGGGGUUUGCUGGAGGUCAUCCAGAACGGGAAGCUGCUGGGGGAGAUGCACCCAGGCACUGCAUUUGGGGAACUGGCCAUACUUUACAACUGUAAAAGAACAGCCACAGUUAAAGCUCUGUCAGAUUCCCACAUCUGGGCGUUGGACCGCCAGACCUUCCAGACCAUCAUGAUGCGGACCACGCAGGCCAGACACGAGGAGUACUUCAGCUUCCUGAGGAGUGUGUCUCUGCUCCGAGAUCUUCCUGAAGAAAAGUUGGUUAAGAUCGUGGAUUGUCUUGAAGUGGACUGUUUUGAAAAAGGGGAGUACAUCAUUCGCGAGGGAGAAGAAGGGAACACUUUUUUUAUCAUUGCGAAAGGAGAGGUCACAGUCACGCAAAGCACCGAGGGAUUCGCUGAACCUCAGGAAAUCAAGACCUUGGGGAUCGGAGACUACUUUGGAGAGAAGGCUCUCAUCAGCGAGGAUGUCCGCUCAGCCAACAUCAUCUGCAGCGCAGACGACACACACUGCCUGGUGGUGGACAGAGACAACUUCAACCAAACGGUGGGAACUUAUGAGGAGCUUCAGGCCUACCUGAAGGAAUAUGUGGAAGAGCUCUCCAGAAGUGAUGAGAGGAGGAACGCCUUGCCCCACUCACCUCACGCCGACUUUGUGGAGCCCCAGGAGAUGAGGAGGCUGCGGGAGAGGAUUGCUCAGCUGCCUGCAGACCAGCCUUUCAAGGAGCUCCAAGUCAUUGCCACGUUGGGCGUGGGAGGGUUUGGACGAGUGGAGCUGGUGAAGCUGAGGGAUGAAGACGCCACAUUUGCUCUGAAAUGCAUCAAAAAGCAGCACAUUGUGGACACCAGACAGCAGGAGCACAUCUACUCCGAGAAGAGCAUCCUCCAGCAAACCAACUCAGCAUUUAUUAUCAGGUUGUUCCGAACAUUUCGGGACAGUAAGUGUGUGUACAUGCUGCUGGAGGUCUGUCUGGGUGGAGAGCUGUGGACUGUGCUGCGGGACAUGAGCUAUUUUGAGGAGCCCACUGCCAGGUUCUGCACCGGCUGUGUCUUGGAGGCCUUCGACUAUCUGCACUCGGUGGGCGUCGUCUACAGAGAUCUGAAGCCUGAAAACCUUCUCCUGGAUGCAGACGGUUAUGUCAAGAUGGCAGACUUCGGCUUCGCUAAAAAGAUUGGCGUUGGAAAAAAGACCUGGACGUUUUGUGGCACUCCAGAGUACGUGGCCCCCGAAGUCAUCAUGAACAAAGGCCAUGACUUUGGGGCGGACUGUUGGUCGUUGGGGAUCCUCAUAUUUGAGCUUCUCACUGGCAACCCGCCCUUUUCCGGCACAGACCCCAUCAAGAUCUACACCAUGGUUCUCCACGGCAUCGACAAGGUGGAUUUCCCCAUGAGGAUAAGCAAGCGUCCAGACGACCUCAUCAGGAGACUCUGCAGGCUGAACCCAGUGGAGAGGCUGGGAAAUAAGAAGAAUGGUAUAAUGGACAUCAAGAAACACAAAUGGUUCCAGGGUUUCAACUGGGAGGGUCUGAGACGGCGCCAGCUGCCGUCGUCCCUGAAGAGACAGCUAAAGGGGUCGAUGGAUCACAGUCACUUUGAUAUUUUCCCUCCUGACACAGAGGAGCCUCCUGAUGAGCUGUCUGGCUGGGAUAAAGACUUCUGAGGACGGAUCACCGGCACCGAGAGCAGCAACGCAUCAGCACAUUAACCUCUGAAGGUUAAUUACUACCAAGGAGGAGGAGAGUGAUGUUAACACUGCCGGAUCUACAGAUAUGUAGGAUUGUAAAAAUGACAGAAAGGCAUCAUGGCUGUCAGAUGAGAGAGAGAGGUUCUCUUCCUGGAACAGUUUUCUCUGUUUUGUGACAGCUCGGCCUUGAGCAACACGACACGACGUUCCAGCCUCACUGGUGUUCAGGAAGCUGCCAUGAACUCAUGUGUUGGUUUGUUUGUUUGUGAGGGAGGCUUUAGGCCUCGGGACAUUUUCCAAAAAGUCCCCAAAUCAACUUUAACAAGUGGGAAAAGUCCAGUUUUGGACCUUGGUUUUAGGUAGUUCUAGUACUAGUCUGUAAUGCUAAUUCAGGGCAAUCGUCCUCCCAGGUGUCUUUAAAGAGAAAGUAAAUGAAAAGUGAAAUUAAUAUCCAAUUAACUACAGUCCAGAUCCACCUGGCAGUUGAAUGUAGUGUAAUUAACCACAGCUGUCUCAAACUCUGACUCCAUUUAAGUCCUCUGCAAAGAAACUCCAGAACGUAGUGGAUGGAGGACGAAACCUGGUCAGUUUUUUCUACACUAAGAGAUAUGUACAACACUGGUGUUGUACAUUUUCUAGUACGCCGUACUAGAAAAGAGCUGCCAAGGCAGAACUCUCAUGCUCAUGUUUAAACAGUCGCUGGCCUGCAAAGAUUAAGGCCCAAUCUCAAUACUCCCCCUACUUUUCUUCACUCGCCCUUCUUUUCUCCACUCGCCCUUCUUUUCUUCCCUAACCCCUAAAAAAGAAGGGGAAGAUUUUAGGGCACUUGAGAUCUAGGGCACUUGGCCCAGGUGCCUGUCCCAUUUCUCCUACUCCCCCUCAUUUUCAUCCCUAACCUGAUCAGGAAGCUGAGAGCCAAAAGCUGUUUUAAUUUCAGCUGUAGCGCUGUUAAUAUGGCACUUUAUUAAGUUUUAAUAUUUUUUCAGGCAUAAAGGUAACCUUAAGAUCCGCAACCGGGGCUCAGUUUAUCCAAAUAACGCCUGUUAAGAAAUUUGACCCGAUGUUUUCGGAGAUGAGAAGAGCCGCCGGCCCCGGGGAGCUGCAGCAGCUCACAGCCCGAGAAGAGACGUGUCCGCCGGGUCAAGCUGCUCCGUCAGCCCCGGGAGAGAAACUCUCUCCUGGGACGCAGCUCUGUUGAGAAUCACGCUGGCUGAAAUAAAUCAUUUAGGAAGAUGUUGGUUUAAUAGAUGAAAUCUAACAGUUGUAGCUACGCCUGUUAAGAAAUUUGCUCCGAAAUUUAGAGAUUUCUGUCUGCCGGCUCCGGAGUUUAGGUCCGCGUUAAAUAGACGCAGCCUAUUGGCGUAGCUUACGUAACCUACGGCGUCGCUUACGUAACCUACGGUGUCGCUUACGUAGGUUACGUAACCAUAUUCCGGCGCGAUCUAAGCGAACAACGGACAAAAAAGGGAUGAUGUACAUUCACUGAGUGAAUAUUAUGGAAGUAAAAUAUUGGUUUGCGCCGAGAAAUGUAAUCAAAAUGCAUUUUUAUGCAGAAACUAACUCAAAAUAUUGAUUUUAUUCCCAAAAAAAUAAGAAAUGUCCGCCAUGUUUUUUUUUUUGAUUCAGUCCGCAAAUCACGACGAAAAGCAUUCUGGGAAAUUUUCAUACCCCCUCGCUCGCCAAGUGAGCAUCUACAAACCCUCGAUUUGAAGGGGCUAUUCUCAGCCCCUAGCCCUCGUUAUGCCCCCUCCCCCUAGGUGAAAAGAGGAAUUGGGACACCACUACCCUCACGGGAACGCGCAAAAGUUAGGGUUAGUGAAGAAAACGAGGGCGAGGGGGAGUAUUGGGACGCAGCCUAAAUGAGUUACAGUCUAAGCCAAUGAUGUUACUCUGUUAGUCCUUCCCUGAGCCCAUCCUACCAUACCUUUAUGUUCAGACUAUAAAGACAGCUUGGACACAAGUCUCCCAGACCACCUUCAGAUGCGUCCAGAGCAACCAGACGGUAUGUGUUCAGAACCUGCGUCACCAUUGGCCACACGUAGGCCUGAAUGGUGUCCGUGAAGAGCAUCACCGGGGGACCUGAGAUAUAAACGGAAGAAAUCCCUGGCCAUUUUGAAAAGAUGAAAAAUUCAUAUUUUGAAAAUAAAUGUUUCUUCAGGGCAUUAUCUUCUUCUUCCGGCUCUCGGCGAAGGCGGACGCUUUUUCUGCUCCUCUCCCUUAUCUAUCUGCUCUGCUACUGCUUUUGUCCUGUCUUGUCUUCAGAGCCUCUCAUUUUCACUCCUCCGAAACUCUACAAUCAUGGAAUUGAUUAACUGGUCUCUCAGCACAAUUGACCAAAUUUUUGCGACGAGAAGUCAGGGGGUAAGGGAGCCCUCCUGCCCCGAUAGGACAUUUUUUGCUGGAUACACAAUGGAUUCCUGGAAACAUUGGAAACCGUUGUGUUUGGCUAUUCUGUCUGUCGAGGACGUUGAAGAUGCCUUCAUAAUUGGAUUUAUGAUAGCAGGAUUUCUUCUAAUUGGAGGGGGGGGAUUCCUGGCCUAUCGACAAACGCGUAAGUCGUCGACAGCUGUUUUGGCCCUUUCUGAGCUACCCUACGUUGCUGAAGGAAUGAGCACGGGGAUGAACACUCAAACUUUAACGCUGGGAGAGCAAAGCCGUAAGCUGGAUGCGAUUCUUGAACAGAAUCGCAGGCUGGCGGCGGUCUUUGAGCUCAUUGGCAAGAUGGAGAAAACCUUGGAGAAGUUGGAAGCUCGGCUUGGCGGGAAUUGAUCACAAAUUCGUCUGUUUGGAGUUGCCAUUGAGGAACCAGAGACUUAACGACGGAAAGACAGACGGAAAAUUACUGGAGUCUGCCUGUUUCCUUUCUUUCAAUACAAUUGUUGAUUCUACAAUCUGACCUUGACAGGGCAGCUUGGCCCGCUGCUCCAGUCACAAUCUCCCUGGUGGAAUGUAAACAAGUGGCUCGGCCCCCACUAGCCCUCCCCCUCUCUCAAAAUCAUCUGUGGACUUGUUUUCAGAACUGUACCGGGCCGUCUGAUAACAUCAAGGACAAUGGCUAAGGAGCAGCUCUGGGGCGAAGUUUUCACAGACUUACCGCUCACACACACACACACUUACUUACUGAUAACCAAACACCCCCCCCAUCUUCAACGCCUUCCCUGGCUCCCCUCUUAUCAGCCCCCCUGACACGGUCGCUGGGUUCGAGCGCCACGAAGGCCGCGGCCCUCACUUGGUGUUUUUUUGCACCUUGACACUAGGUAUUAAUAUACAGUGUCAAGAUGCCUUUUUUUCCCUCCUCCUCCAUCCCAGUGUCAACCUUCCUCUAAAAAAUGGCGUCCGUAUUAAUGGUGCCAUCGUUGUGAGUCAAGUUCUCUCGUCUGAUUUAUGUCUGAGUUGGCAAUAAAGCUUUUUCUGAUUCUGAUUCUGAUUAUUUACGGUGGCCGACAAGGGCCAAACGCACUGCAACGGCCUAAUGCGUCUCAGUUAAGGACAACGGCUUCAAGUACAGAAACGAUUCAAAUUCACAAACUUAAAACGAGGUAGAAAAAGAGGAACGUGGAGCAUUAGGCCGUUGCAGUGCGUUUGGCCCUUGUCGGCCACCGUAAUUAUUACCCAGAAACCAUGAGUAACUCUGAAACCGUGAGUACCUACUGUGGUGAAAUCCAGGUGUGUGAAGGACUGAGGCUCCAGAAGUAUUGUGGUUGCCAAUGUUCCAGUGUGACUUGCAGAGUUUUGAAUCAAACCUUUGAAUGUUGUUUCCAUUGAUAAAUCUUUCUAAAAACCUGUUGUGUGUGUCGUGUGUUUGCAGGUUACUGGAUGCAAAUUAAUGCAAACGCAAUUAAACUAUAUUGUGACCAUGAAGAGAGUUGGGU